AUGACCUCUGAGCUGGAAAGUAGUCUGACGUCAAUGGACUGGCUUCCACAACUUGGAGUGAGGGCUGCCAUCCAGAAGACUGACAGAGACAUGGGGGGACUUCACCAUGGUCACUACCAUGGACAUCACCACCACCAUCAUGGUCUCCAUCAUGGACAUCCUGGGCCAGGAAAAAAAAUCACCGCGCUGGAUCCAGGAACAACAUUGGAUCAGGAAGAAAGUAAUCAACAUAGAGAUGGUAAACCACCUUACAGUUACGCAAGCCUCAUCACCUUUGCCAUCAAUGGCUCGCCUCGCAAACGCAUGACCCUCAGUGAGAUCUACCAAUGGAUCUGUGACAACUUUCCCUAUUACAGAGAGGCAGGCAGUGGCUGGAAGAAUUCAAUACGACAUAACCUGUCCUUGAACAAGUGUUUUCUGAAAGUGCCUCGCUCCAAAGACGACCCUGGCAAAGGUUCCUACUGGGCCAUAGACACUAACCCUAAAGAUGAUGCUGCACCCAGCAGGCCAAAAAAGAGGCCACGCUCUGGGGAAAGGGCUUCAACACCUUACAGCUUGGAGUCAGAAUCUCUGCGAAUGGACUGUAUCAUGUCAGGUGGAACAUCUCCUACUCUGGCAAUUAAUGCGGUGACAAACAAGGUAGCAUUGUACAGCCCAGAAGCAGAUGACUGCGAGAGUCCUGGCAGCCUGAACAACAGUCUCUCUGAGCAGAGCAUGACAUCCAUCAACCUGAACAACAUGAACUCAACAGUGAGCAAUGGCAGCAGCAUACACAGCUACACACCAGUUAGUAGUCACUCUGAGCCGUCGUCCCAGUCCCUGAGUCUCCAACCGCCCACUCAGCCCACGCGGCCUCCGCCUCCUCCUCCACAACCCCAGUAUGCUCUGCCCGUGCCAGAGUCCCGGGACAAACACCUCUGCUUCUCGGACUUUGAAGACCUCAGUGCGUCCUUCCGCAGCCUGUACAAGUGUGUCUUUGAGCGGUCGUUCUCACAGCAAGCUUUGAUGGUUAUGCCUGGGGAGUCGAACCAUUCGACACGGACUGCCUGCUCCUAUCAGCACUCACCUGGCACAGGGAAUGGUGGCAGUAGCGGCACAGGCGGUGGCGGCCACCAUCAUCAACAACAUAAUCACCACCAUGCCCACCAUCCACAGCAUCACCUCUCUGCUCAUGGACAGCACGGAUCUCUCUCGCAACAGAGUCACAGUGGACAGAGCUGUUCCGCGACAGGCAUGGCUUCAGACUGGUACCCAAACCUGGACUGGCUAAAGGAGAGCUGCCGCAUUGCAACCAGCUACAAUUGGGCUGAUGUAGACCUCUCUCCUUUUCAAGGCCUGAAGGAAAGCAUGCAACAGGCUGAGCUCAACAACUGGUCCUUGGAUGCAGCUCAGAUAGCUGACCUGUGUUCCUCCAUCAACCAGUUCUUCACGGCCACAGGCGCAAUCACACCGCAGGGCGCCGCCCUUUCGCAACCUCAGGUCGCACAGCCAGCCGCGCCAAGGGCGCCACAGCACCCGGCUCAGCCACACGGUGCCAUGCAUCCAAAAGCCAGUCAACACAAUCAGCACGGCCAACUCAUUCGAGCAGGUCGGUACAAAUCCACAGGGAACAUGUACAUGGAGUCCAGGCAGAAUAUUCCUUCUCUGAUGGGCCCACCCGGAUACCCCCACAUGCCUCCCAUUAGCAACACAGCUCCCACCAUGACAGGGGACUCCUCCAUCACACUUUUACCAGGUCAUCACAACCAACUGAGCCAGCAACAACAGCAGCAGCAGCAGCAACAACAGCACAUGCUGGCUCCAGGACACUUCCAGGUAAGACGCAUGCUUGCCAACAAUGACAUUCAGGACGACUUCGACUGGGACUCCAUUGUGUGA